AUGUCGGAUCAAAGCCCAAUUAAUGAUCCACUUAUUUCAUUUGACCAACAACAACAACAACAACAAUCAUCUCCAACAGUAACAACACCAACAAAACAAAAAACAAAUGAUCUUUAUGAUAAUCUAUCAUUUAAAGAUAUAGAUCCAUUUGGUAAUCAUAACGGCAAUGAUACUCAUGAACAAGAACAUCAUUCAAGUAAUGGUACUAAUAAGGAUGAACAUCAUUAUGGAACUAAUGGCAAUAAAAGUGAUGAACUUCAUGCAUUUUCAUUAAAUAAUGAUCUUUUUCCGGUGGAUACAAAUGAAAAUGAAAAAGUUUCUUCGCAUGAUUUUCAACUUCAUCAUCAUCAUGAAUUUGCAACAAGUAAAAAUGAAGAAUCAGAUGAUUCACCAUUAAGUUUGAAUUCAAGUCGUAAUGGUGAUGUAACAGACAAAAGUACACUUUUACUUGAACUUGAUCCUAAUGCGCCCGAUUUGGAUCGUAUACAUGCAGAUAAAACGGGUUUGACACCAUCACCAACUAACGAUUUAUCAUCACCACAACAUUAUAAAAAUGAUAUUUCUCUUGAUGUUACUGACAGUUCAACUGAUGCAGAUACAAUUAAACAUGAACAACAAAUGAAUUUAACAAGUUUUACUAAUCCAUUAAAUGAUCUUAUGUUAACAUCACCAAUCAAAGAAAAUAUUCAUUCUCCUGUUAAAGAUGAAAUGCAUGAAGAAAUUCAUUCACCAAUCAACAAACGACUAGAUGAUUUACAAUUAUCAAUUAAACAACAAUACGAUGAAAAUCUAUCAUCACCUAUCAACCAACAACAUGAAGAUACUCAAUCACCAGUUAAAGAUAAACAUCAUGAAGAUAUUCAUUCUCCUGUCAAACAGGAACAACAUGAAGUAGUUCAGUCACCAAUCAAAGAACAUCAAGAAGAAAAUCUUCAAUCGUCUGAUAAUGAACAACAUCAAGAAAUUCAUUCACCAAUUGUGCAACAACAUCAUGAAGAUUUACAAUUACCAGUUACAGAACAACAAUAUGAAGUUAUACCAUCACCUGUCAAUGAACAACAUGAAGGUAUCCAAACAUUAUUGAAAGAUGAACAACAUAGAGAAAUUCAUUCAUCCGUCAACGAACAUCAAGAAGAAAUUCUUCAAUCACCUGUUAAGGAACAACAUAUUGAAGAAAUUCAUUCACCAAUUAUAGAACAACAUCAUGAAGAUUUACAAUCAUUAAUUACAGAACAACAAUAUGAAAUUAUUCCAUCACCUGUCAAUGAACAACAUGAAGGUAUUCAAUCACCAGUUAAAGAUGAACAUCAUGAAGAUAUUCAACAUUCAUCUGUUGAAGAACAACACCAUGAAGAAAUUCAUUCACCAGCCAAUGAACAUCAAGAAGAAAUUCUUUCAUUACCUAUUAAGGAACAACAUAUUGAAGAUAUACAAUCAUCACCAAUAACAGAACAACAAUAUGAAAUUAUUCCAUCACCUGUUAAGGAAGAACAUGAAAAUAUUCAAUCAUUAGUUGAAGAUGAACAUCAUGCAGAUAUUCAACAUUUACCUGUCGAAGAACAACAACAUGAAGAAGUUCAUUCACCAGUCAAAGAUGAACAUCAUGAAGAUAUUCAAUAUGCAACUGUUCAAGAAGAACAACACGUAGAAAUUCAUUCACCAGUGAAAGAACAUCAAGAAGAAAUUCUUUCAUCACCUGUCAAUGAACAACAUAUUGAAGAUAUUCAAUCACCAGUUCGAGAACAACAAGAUGAUAGUAUUCCAUCACCAGUUAAAGAACAACAAGAGAUUAUUCAUUCACCAGUCAAAGAAGAACAACAUGAAUAUUUAACUUCACCUGUUAAAGAAGAAGCUCAAUUACUUUCUUCAUCAGUUAAAGAAGAAGCAGGACAACAACAUGACAAUAUUUCAUUAGGUAAUGAGGAAGAGAAUCUAUUGAAUGAUCAAGAAAAUGUAAUUAUACCACCUAAAUCAAAUGAACAUGAACAAUCAUUGAAUGAUGUUGAGGAAAAACGUUUAUUCAAUGAAGCAUGUGAAGAUGUUGAUAAUGCUGCUAAGGAAUUAGCAGCUAAAAUUGAUCUUGUUACUUCACCAUCACCACCGGCUACAUCAGAUCGACAACCACCACCAUUAUUUUCAGAUAUAGAAGCACAAGCAACAUCACCAACUUUGGAAACAGCUUCAGAACAACCUCUAGCUUCUACUCAAUCCAAUGAUGAUGCAAAAAUACUAUCAACAACUGAAGAACAUGAGAAUGUUGAACAAGCAAUAUCAUCUGCUACUUCACCAAAAUUAGAUUCAACUUUACCAAUAGCAUCUUCACCAACAGCUCCAGUAGCAGCAUCACCUAUUAAACCUACUACUUCAACAACAAAGAAGCCUGCAAGUGCUGCUCAUACUACACGACCAAGUCUUGCUACAAAAUCUAAACCAUCAUCUGCAGCAGCUGCUACAACAAAAAGUACAGAACAUAAGCCAUCAGCUGCAACAGCAGCAGCUGCAUCAUCAAAAACUAUGGAACAUAAACCAACUACUGCUGCAGCAUCAAAAACGACCGAACAUAAAACAACAGGUUCGACUACAAAAUCUACUGAACCAAAACCAACAACAACAGUUCGUAAACCUCCUCUAUCAGGACCAACAAGUGGCGCAGCGGCUUCUCACAAACCAAAGGUAACACCACCUUCUCCUUCACAUGAAUUAUCAACAGGGCCAAAACCAACUCGUGAUGUUCCAAGUAAAUCUACAGCAUCUGCAGGAGCCGCAACAGCAACAACAGCUAAACCUAAACCAACAACUAGUUCUACAACAGCAACAGCUGCAUCGCGAUCAACAAUGAAACCAUCGGUAACAAAAUCUACUCGCCCAUCAACAGUUCAUAAAACUCCGGAUGCACCUACAUCUGAUCAACAAACAACAAUACUUUCAACAGCUCCAGAAGGUAGUGCAUCAUUAACAUCUGCUGCUGCAUCAUCAGCUCCUGUUAGUGCAACAAGCAAAACAACUGCUCGGCCACCACAAACUUCAACAAAACCACCAACAAAAACUGCUUCUAGUGGUGCUACUCAUGUUCCUUCACAUUCAACAGCUUCAGCUGUUGCAUCACGUGUAUCAACUUCAGCUAGUAAAACAACUGUUGCAAAAGAACGUCCAAAAUCUCAUACUCGUACUACAGCUACACGACCAGCUACAGCAACUAGUUCAUCAACUACAGUUGCUCCACAACGUGCAACAAGCGCUAAUCGCCCAACAACAUCCGACGCAACAUCAGGUUCAGCACGUGAAAGUGCAUCGGGAACAACGGUGAGAUAA